CUUUAUCCUCCUUUACUGGGCUUUCACUCCUAUCUUCCACACCUUAACUACAUUCCCACUGGAACGCCCAAUCAUUAACAAGGAGAGGCUGUCUGGUUCCUAUUGUCUCUCUGCCUAUUACCUGGCGAAGAUGACAAGUGAGCUGCCCUUAAUUAUCAUCCAGCCCAUUGUCAGCAUCACCAUCGCCUUCUGGAUGGGCGGCCUCAACGGAGUCGUCGCCUAUUUUGUCGAUUUGGCCAUGAUCAUUCUUGGAUCUGUGACAGCACAAUCUAUCGGCCUGUUCGCCAGCGCCCUCUUCCUCAGGAUUGACCAGUCGAUCAUCUUCGCUACAAUCUUCAUGCUGACCACUCUCCUGCUCGGAGGAUUCUACAUCCAGCGACUGCCCGCCUGGCUCACGUGGGCUCGAUACUUCGCAUUUGUCCUCUACCCCUUCCAUGUGAUGCUCUCUGUUGAAUUCUCCAAUGAUCAUUCCAUUCUAUGCAAAGCGGAGAACUCAGCCUAUCACCACUGCAAUCUGGCCAGAAACGCAACCAACAGCUCUGCCUACAUCCCCAGGGAUGAGAUCCUGGCCUUUUUCAAUGUCACCCUCCCGAUCUGGGCUAACAUCCUCAUUCUCCUCCUGUUUAUGGUGGCUUUCCGUCUUGCCUGCUAUCUUCUGCUUCGAUUCUACCGGAAGCCAUGACCGCAUCUUCUGCAAUUUACCUUUGGGUCCUGGGGCCAGAGAGGCAAAGGGAAGGGGUGAAAUCUGAACUUGCACCCGUCUGAAACUGGGCUCCAUAUCAGACACAGGAGAAAAUAUAGCAAAACAGGGGCUGCUGCUGUGGGGAGGGCCUUGAUGUGGACACCAUCAGUUGACUUAUGGGAUCAAGAGGAAGCUAUUCAGACCCCCUGACUCCUCCAUCCUGUUACACAGGAACUGGAAGAGGCCAUUCAGCCCUCUUCUCUAGCCUGUCCUACAGGAAUAGGAGAAUGUCUGGUAGUCUACUUUAGGAAGUCAAUAGGCCUCUAAUGUUAAAGUUAAUCAACAAGGACAUCUGUCAUCUCGUGUUCCCCUUCCAUUCCCCCCCCCAGCUCAGCUAAUUGAAACAAAGAUGCUAAGCUGUGGGAGUCAGGUGCAAUUGCAUCUUUACGAUAUUCCCCAUUACCUGUUUGUCUGUGAUUCAGCGCUUUUGGGCUGGUGGAGGAGGGAGAAGGUGAGUGGGAGUAGAGAAGGGCUGUCCUCACGAAAGAAGGAAGCAUUGGACAGCAAAUAAGGAGCUUGCAAACCAUCUGAACUGUGAUGGGAUAUCUGAACGAGUGGGGCCUGCCCCAUGUUAUAAACGGAUCCAAGCUUUACUCAUUUCCCAAGUGCCUUUGGAUGGUGUUUCACAUGUCUCUACACCCCUCUAGCUGAAGAGGUGUGUAACUGCUGCUGUUUGCAGUAUGUACUUGUAACUGCACUUUAAUCUGUGAAUGCUGCUCACUCUAAUUCCCUUGAAUGUACAAGCUUCACGGUCCCUGUGACAAGUGUAAAAUAGUCAAACUAUACAGAGUUCUUUGGUCAGUCUAUACCAAAGCAGUGCAAUAAAAUAAAACAUUUCUAUCCCUU